GGUAGAAGUUGUGGGCGGACGGGGUCCGCCACAUUCAGGAAGCAGACAGUUCCUUUUCCCUGCACACAGACACAGGACUACCCUCCAAAACCGAACCAGAACCAGGUGGCAGCCAUCUGCGGACUCCUGACACUUCACUGCGAUCAUUAUCCGCGGUGGAGGUGACGAGCACCAUGUUGGAGGAGGCGUAUGUUUAGGCUGCACUGCUGUCAGUCAUGAAGAAGAGAACCAAACGGGAGCUGAAAGAGGAGGAGGAGGAGGUGUUGUGUUGCUGCGAGUAUGUUAACAGACACGGGGAACGCAGUCAUGUCGCUGCUUGCUUUUGCGACUGCGAGGACCUGGACGAGGCCUGUGACAGAUUUCUAAAGAGAGAGCCUCAGAAACCUGAAUCCUUGUCGCAUGUGACUGCAGUGAUCUCAGACCGGAUCCGGGUACCAUGGUUUUGGGGCGGAGCCCGAAAGCUGGAUCUAUCAAUCAUCCCUCCUCUCAUUCUCCUUCCCGGCCUGCUACACCUCGCAGCUCUCCACAUUCUGCUUGGGGUGCUGGUUCUGACGGCUCUGCCCGGCCUGGUGUUGUGGUACUACUACUUCAUCCACCGAAAAAAGGGGCAGACCCUCUUCUUCCUCAGCCUGGCCCUCUUCUCUUUGGCGUACAUGUAUUACCUGUUCAUCUGGGAAGUGUUCCCACGUGGGGAUGUGGGUCAGUUUGAGUUGGCAGCUAUUAGUUCAGGAGUCAUCCUCACCCUGCUGACUCUUCUUCACACCAGGAGAGAUCCUGGCAUCGUUCGGCUGGACAAACGGGCCGUCCACAGCACGGUGACGUAUUACAGCCCCCCGGCAGAUGGAGACGCCCACUUCAACGGAGGGAAGCUGGAAGUGUCGACAGCAGUGAGUCGGAUGGGAUCAUCAGAGCAGGAAGGGUCGGAGUUGAAGGAAGAUAGGCGGAGGAACUGGUGCUCAGUCUGCAGGGUGGAGCGGCCACCAAGAGCAGGGCAUUGUCGGAUCUGUGGCGUCUGCGUGCGGCGUCUCGAUCACCACUGUGUCUGGAUAAACAACUGUGUAGGCCAGGCCAAUCACGGCAGCUUCCUGCUCACUCUGGUCUUCUUCCUGCUGACGUCCAUGUACGGCAUCGGCCUGGUGCUGCGGAGCGUGUGUCCCCAGCAAAGCGUCCUCACUGCCUUACUCUACUGCCCUGGAGUUUACAACCAGUUCAGCUCUGCUCUCUGCUUCACCUGUGCCUGGUACAGCAGCAUUGUGACAGGCGGCCUCCUGCACCUCCUCAUAGUGCAAAUCAUAAACAUCAGCUACAAUGUGACAGAGCGGGAGGCACGCAUUGCACUGAGGGAGAAAACAGCCCGCCGGGCCUGCUGGGGAAUCGUGGUGGAUACUGGCGUCUACUCAAGGGGUCUGUGGAGCAACUGGUUGGAGUUCAUGUCAAUGGGGGACAAGCUGAAGCCUCCGUCUCUGACAGAUUUAGUAUAAAGGGACAAUAUAAGAUUAAAAGCAGUAGCUCUGCUUCCAUCCUCUAGAUGGCAGCAUUGCCACAUAAUCUAAAAGAGGCUUUCUCCAGUGGACAGCCUUCCUAUAUGGUCCAGCCGCACCUCUGGAGUUUUCCAUUGGAUGUGUAGAGACACUAACUUUACACCUAAGUACUGUGCUUUCACCACCGUUACAGUGACUCACUACUGGAACCUUAUCUAUGCAUCUGGAUGCACCAGCAACAUCAAUGUCACACACAACUAUUACUGAUGAAGUCUUCCCUCAUACAACUCUGUGCCUCAGCAGACACACAAAAGGAAGUUCAACUCUCAAUGUGAACAUUUUCUGGCAAACAAAAAACACAGGAAGUUCCCUCUGGAAUUUGGGGAUUUUAUGUUAUAGAUCUGGACAAAGAAAUGCACACCCGAGGUGGAUGAAAACUGUAGUUUUACAUGUAUUUAAUUUAUAUUAGGGAAGCAGCAAAGAGCCACAAAAUUGGUAAAUCUGAAGGAGCUUCAGAGAUCCAGGGUGCAGCUCAUAGGUGCACCGUCUGCUACCAAAGCAAUACAGCCUAAUAUAGAAGAAUAUACUGUUUUGAUCAUACCAAAAUUUAACUUUUUUUUUGUCUGCAUCCAAAACUCAUGUGGUAAAAACAGUGUCCUGAAUUCUCAGGAGAAAACAAUACAGACUGUGGCAGAGGCUCACUUAAAUUGUUUAGAUCAAAACAUGAGGUGCUAAAGAUGAUCCGGUUAAAGUGCAGAACUACAUCCAGUUGGAAAUCUGUGGCAAAAUUAGCAGAUUAAUGUUUACCAAUUUUGUCCAUCCAGUCUGACUGAGCCAGAUGCAUGAAGAAAGGACUAUAAGUCUCUUUAUAUUCACUGCUGGUAGAGCCACUGGUGUGUCUGCAGAGUACCCCUGCAGACAUGCACCUGGUAAUGCAGUAAAACUUGUUUAGAGAAACUGUUUAGUGAGUCGGGCUGAAUACAAAUUCAUUGUUUUUUUUCCCAGUUCUACUGACUCAAUCCAAUAAAGUUUUCGUUUUUUUAAACAUGAAAAA